AUGCUUCCCAUUACCCAAAAUUUCGCCUCUGACGACCAACAUCAAAAUCCUUCAGAGUGGAGAUAUUUUAAAGAAACUAAUAAACUCUCUAUCACCAAGCUCUGUCCAGCUAUUCUGGGUUCAAAUGGUCAUAUCAUGAUUUCUCCAGAGACCAAUCUAUUAUCUACGUUGGCCAAUUUGGGAAACAUGGCAUCUACGUUUAACGAAUCGCUCAGGGCUGUUGAAGAGGCUAAGCAAUAUGAUCCUUAUUUCAGUAAUAGACUCCCCAUGGUGCUAGCUCUUGAAAACACCGCCAGUGCCACUGUAUUGGAAAAUGAAACUAUGGACACUUCCAGGCUGGCACGGGUAAGUUCUAGCGAUGAAGACUCUAUAUUCGAAGAUACUUUUAGUCAUUUCAGCUUUGAUUUGACCUCUCCAGAACCACUGAACUAUUCUGAAAGGUUUCAAGAGUGCCCUGUCGAAAGCCGGACAUGCCAGGUUCACCUCUCCAAUGAUUUCUUAGAUGACCACACUAGUGCUAUGAUUAAAAAGGAGUGGAAGGUAUGUUGUAUUCCUUUAUAUAUACCUCCACCUAACUAUAUUUUGGAAUCCUUUGCCCGUAACCCACACAGCCAGUACAACUCUCUCGACCCUGAGAGUAUCAUUCCUUUCCCUGAAUUACCUAAACUCAAAACUCAAACCUCCUUGUUGCAAUUCUUGCAUAAAGUUCAUGCCCACAACGUCUCGCGAGACAAUUAUUCUCAUCGGUUGGAGUUCCUUAAAAAUUUGAAUGGAGCAGCCUUGUGGGGUGCGUCCAUCAAAACACCCAGUAUGAAGCUCAAACAUAAAUAUGACAGCAAUCUCUCGAGAACCAACACCUUCCGAAUGGGUGAGAAUCCGGGGAGAUCUAACUCUAGAAGGUAUCAGCCCCUUUUCAAAACCCAGCAAAUCCAACAACAGCGAUCAAUCAAGUUAAUGAGAAAAAGAACGAUGCGGUCUGAGGCGAUUCAUCAGUCGAACAUCGGUGCUGUGGUGGAUCUCAUUCACAUGCAUUGUCUGCACAGCAUCGAUGUCUCUGCUUCCGGUGAAUCCAGUCUGCAGCUCCAACCCCGAAGCAUUGAUGAUAUCUAUCGGCCUACCAAACCAGAAAACUUUAAUUUGGAAGCUGUUGAUAUUGGAACUCCGGGGUUUAUGAGGAGUGAGGAGUUCCUCAACUACACCCGUGCUGUUUCGUCGCUUAAGUUCUGGUCUACCAGGUAG